AUGUAUUUCACAAAUAAGCAUGAAAAAUCUCCAAAUUAGUUAGCCAUAAAUAUUGAUAUCAUCAUAAGAAGAGAGAAAGAAAGAAAUGAAAUAGAAGCUGAUAAAAUGUUGACUUAAAUUGCUUCUCUCUUUCAAUUACUUUAUCUAAUAGAUAUUUUCUUCCAACAUUAUUAAAAACUAUUACCCAAAAGCUUUGCUCAAUUUUUAGUUAUAAUAUCAAUAACUAGAGAAGUACCUUUUUAAAUAAUUCAAAUUGGAAACUGA